UUAUGACUGGCCAACAUUUGCACGUGAUCCCACACAAACACCCCAUAUUUGGGCAGGGUACGUCGUAUCAAGAAAAAAUAGAUACCAUAUAGCCUAACCCACCUAUAAAUCCUGCUUUAUUUUUUUGAACCGACAGCUCCGAAAUUCAAGAAGGCUACAAAGAAAAGCUAUGCUCAACAAAAGACCGAAAUAGCAGAUACAUACAGCCUCUAUCUACCUAUCUCUCUAUAUAUUCACAGCGUUGAACAUAAACUAUAGAAAGUCUAUACUUCAAAUGUGCUCUUGACAUUUGCGCGUUUAUUCUCAUGCAAUCAAGGCAACUUCUCCAUAUUAUGUUUAGCUUCGAUAACUGUAGUUCUUUAUCUGGGCGCCAGUCCAGUCGAUACGAGGGUGUUAAUGUCAGCGGGAUAUUCACUUCUCACGUCCCGCCAACCUCUGCUGAUCGGGAGGAGAUGAAAACUCGCCUGCGUGGCAGUACGGAUCUCCCUGCAGCGCCUGGACGUGAGUUCACCAUGGUCUCCGGCAGCUCCGUGGACCCGGGUGCUCUCAGCUACAGCAGGACCGGGCUGCUGGCCGAGGGGACUGACAGAGACAUGGACCAUAGUGGGAAAUCCACGACCAACACCGAAGGCAACGAGAGGAAAGUCGAGAGCACGCAUGCGAUUAAACGUAACACAAAUUUAAGCCAGCAUCAGGAGGGUGAACCACGGCCACAGAUUUAUCCCUGGAUGACAAAACUACAUAUAAACCACGAAUCGGAAGGUAAACGUUCACGGACCAGUUACACCCGCUACCAGACACUGGAGUUGGAGAAAGAAUUUCACUUCAACCGGUACCUCAGUCGCCGCAGGCGCAUAGAGAUCGCCCAUACCCUGUGCCUAAACGAGAGGCAGAUCAAAAUCUGGUUCCAGAACAGACGUAUGAAGUGGAAGAAGGACUCAAAGAUCAAAGUGAAGGAAUAAGCAGCACGCCCGUGAACGCAGUGUACAUAGCACGCUGCGGAGAGUUGCGUGACCUCCAGAUGAACCGCUCGGAGCAAUGACAUCAUGACACCGUGCUAUGUGCUUCAUCACCAAUUAUAUGUCACUUCCUGCAGUUUGGGAUCUAAUGUAUUGAAUAUCACUCAGUUUGACCAAUUGCUCUACAUUUCUAAAUUAAUUUGCCGCCCAUGUGACGAUAGCCUUACUUUACCUCGCCGAGGGCCGGAGUGAAGAUGAGUGGUUGAGCCACACUGAAAGUCUUUCUUAAAGGCUAAAUAGUUGAAGGCUUUACAGUAGGCCCACAUGCCAAUUAUAUUCCAUGUUGUCUAAUUAAGAUAAAAGCAGAAUGUUAACUGAUAGCCAUGCCAUUACUGUCAAUCUGGCAGAAAAGUUUUUAAACUAAUCCAAUAAACCUACGUAUUAAUCAAAGCAUAAUGCUUUUAAAAUUUCACUAAGUUAUCAUAGCCAGCACUUAGUCAAUCACUUGUUAAGAUUGUCGUUUGGCCUUUUUUUUUAUUUUUAUUUUAUUUUAAAGAUGCCCACGUUAGGAACGUCGUUGUGGUGUUAGUGAGCUGUUAGUUGUGAUUGUUUUGUUAGGGUUAUAUGCAUGUAACACUAUGUCAUUUACUAUUUAGGAUUGUGCAAUGAUAUUGUUGUAUUAUUCAAUUGAGGUCCUUUUUACAGUUGGUAAGCUUAAGAGGUAUAUAUGUCUAAGGAAUAACAGAACUGUUCAUGUAUUAAUUGUAAUCAAUAAAAAAAAAACUGAAUCAUCAAAUGAUCUAAUCCUUUUUACAUUAUUAUUUUAUUAUUAAUAUUAUUAUUUUUGCUCUUUUUACAAGUUGCACUUCAGUGACAACAAAGGAA